UCAGAAAGACAAAUGCCCUGUGUGCCUAGCAUGUAUCUACCAGCCUGAAACCUUACCCAAGUGCAAACAUACAUUUUGUAAGCGAUGUCUCCAAGAAGCCUUGAAGAAGUCACCAAUGUGUCCACUGUGUAGAGAUCCAGUACAAAAAACCUCUGGCAAACGGUCCAAAGGUACCAUGGUACAUCGUUCAGAGUCACUCCGCUUGGGAGCCCGGUAUGAAGGCAGUGGUGCUAUGAUGUAUAAUGAUACACUGCCGAUAUCUACAGACGGACAACCCAAAGGUACCAUGCAACAUCGUGUACAGCCUUUCAACUUGCCAGGGUAUGUACAUUGUGGAACUAUAUUGAUACAGUACUCAAUGAACAGUGGCAUUCAAGGCCCGCAACAUCCAAACCCUGGUCAGCGGUAUGAUGGCACUUCUCGUACUGCCUAUCUCCCUGACAACCAUCAAGGUCGUGAAGUCAUGAGGCUGUUAAGGAGAGCCUUUGAUCGUGGAUUGGUGUUUACGGUAGGACGGUCAAUGACGUCAGGAUAUGAUAAUCAGAUAGUAUGGGGGGAUAUUCCACAUAAGACGUGCAUCAAUGGCGGUCCUUCCAAUUAUGGAUAUCCAGAUUCAACGUAUUUAACCGAGGUUCAACAAAUGCUUAAAGCUAUACUAAAUACCUGAAUGAAUGCAUUUCCACUGAUAGAAUUGACUGAGACGAAUUGUUGGUGGCACCCCUCAUGAUCAGUACUGUUUUAAUAAUAUUGUUCUUUAUCAACAAGGAACAUUAUUAGCAUAUAUAUUUAGCCGUAGAACUGGUCAUACUAAAUUGUUCAAUUAAAAUUGCAGUUUCUAUUGGCUUUUGUUGUAUAAAAGAUUGAAAUAAAAUCUAGUUAGCUAUGU